GACUUUUUGAAGGUUUUUUAAAUUUUUUGAUUGGCAUUGGCAAUGUAAAAACUGGAUAAAAUCGAACUUUUACAUAACACAAUCGUACACACUUGACACCUGAUGUGUUGUAUUUCAAAUAUUCACAAACGUGUACUAAACUUUACCCAAAAUGUGGGAGCAAUUGGAGGGAUAUCGCAAUCACUUUUUGCAAAACGAGAUUAAGGAUGUGAUGAAGCCCAGCUCCAUAAACCGUCAGCAGAACAAAGAGUGGUCGAAAGCCAUGGAGAAAAGGUAUAUUUGUAAGUGCAUGCCGUAUGGCUGCAGUUCGACCUCCACAUACCUGCAGGAUAGGGCCCAAUUGGCGUACGGCUGGUUUGCCCUUCCCAAACUGAUGAAGGAACUGGACAGCGAUGUUCCCCUGACCCACUGGAAGGCGGUGGUGUCGUUGACGGAGUUCGUCUCGAACCCGCUGAAUGCCCAGAGAGCCAUCACCGAAAUGGACAUUGUGAGAAAGUUGAAAAAUGCCUUUAUGCGAAUGAGAUUGAAGCUCCACAAGGAGCAACACCGUGAGGUAGAAAUGUAUCUGAAGAUAUAUAAUAUACUUUCCCGCAACUUGGAUGGAGCCGAGCAUAUUGCCAACCGCAAAUGUUUGAGGAACGAGUUUUACAAAAUUAUUAAAAAUCAGGAGACCAAUAAAGAUGGUCUGGCAUCAGAGAUUCUGAGGAAUUUGACAAGCAAACCAAAGAUUCUGGGAAUUUUCAUGGACGAUCCUGAGAACUUUGCUGCCCUGGCGGAGAUCUUCAAGCAGGAUCCCUGCCGUCCGCACUAUCCGCUGGACUUGUGGCACCAUCUGUGCCACCUGUUGGAGGUGGCGCCCGAGCAGGCCAUCGAGUUGGGAUUCUUCGAGCUGCUGCACCAGCGGAUCCUCAACCGACUGGCCAACUUCUGGGACAUGGCCACCAAGGCGUUCGCCCUGCUGCUCCGCUGUGCGGAGGGUCAGCGCCGUUUCGAUGCGGUGGAUGGCGUCAAGCUGCUCUACGACGUCUUUGCCCAGCCGGAUGAGCAGAAGGCCAGCAUGCUGUUGCCCCAGCAGCAGGUGGAGAACUGGGAGUACACGGUGCUGGCCCUGCUCAAUGGGCUGCACAGCAAGCGGGCUCUGUGGCGCAGCAGGGAGUUCACCCAGCUGCCCUGCUAUGUGGGUCGUCUCAUGGAGUCGACGGUGACGGCGACGGUGGCCAAUCCGCGCCUGCAACUCUACUGUUUGAAGGUGUUGCGCGAACUGGGCGUGAUGCCUUGCAAUAAGCGCUACAUUAUAGCCAACUGGUUGACGGACAUUUGCCAGCUGUUCUGCCUGGAUGCGGAGGCCGAGUGCGCCCGGGAUUCGCUGGUCGAUUGGCUGCGUCGCGAUAUAGCCGACAGUAGCUGAAUCAAAGUUAAAGUUUAAAGUUUAAUUUGCAGCUUACAGUGUUUGGUUUUUAACAAUAGAGCCAUCUGUUGGUGGCCAAGUAACAAGAAACAAGAAACAUAGAACUGCCCCGCUUUCGAACCGCUUAGAUAAAUCCAAACCGUUUCGAACUACCCCUGAUGUCCCAAAGAGUAACCGGUUAAAAGAGAGAGCGAACAUAACAUACUUGGGACAUACGGGAGAGCUUAAAUGAGAGCUCUCAGCUGUCAGCUGUCAGCUGUUUGCUUAACACAAAUUGUGGUAAAUAUUUAACACCUCGCAAAUCUAAGGGUUAAGCCUCCAAAAUUUCCCUUUGUUGUUGACACUAACAAAAAUUAUAAAUAAAUGCCACUUUCUUUGGUGAACAGUU